CGUUGCCUACAAGAAACUCAGAAGAGAGAAAUCAAGGGGGAAAAAGUUUCACCAUUUUCCUCUAUUUCUCUUUCUUCCCAUAUUUCAAGACUCCAUUAUUCACUCCCAUCCUCACAAAACACACACUCACAAAAUGGGGUGUGGAGAAUCAAAGCACGCUGUUGCUACACAAAACACCAUCACCAAGAGCAACAGCAGGUGCAUCGAAAAGCAAGAUCCAAAAGCUGCUGAAAUUCCCAAAAAUGGUGUAACUGUGGCUGAAGAUAAUGCAGUUAAGGAUUCAGUCAUUUUGAAGAAGAAUGAAAUCCUAGCUCCCAACAAGAUGGAAUGCGAGUUUGUUGAGUCCGAGGAAGAAGAAGUCAAGAAAGAGAAGAAAGAGGAGGCUGCUGCUGUUGCAAAGAUUGUGCAUGAGAAAAAGGAAGAAAUCAUUAAGUAUGAGGAAUUAGAGGAGGAGAAUAAAGAGGAGGUGAUCAAGGCUGAUGUUGAGGAGCGAGAAAGCGCUGCAGUCAUCGAGGCUGUGAGGGAGAGAGAAGAAGUGAAAGAGAUCAAGAAUGAGGAGUUGAAGGCAGACAAGAAAGAUGAGGUUAAGGCUGAUCAAGACGAGGUCGUUUCUCAGCAAGUAGGAGACACUUAUUCUUCUUUUAGUGCUGUGGAGAAGAUCUCUGGAGACGAAAACGGCGUGGUUAAGGAAGAAAGCAAGGUUGCAGUUGCGGAGGAAGAAGGGAACAAAGGAAAAGAAGAGUUGGAUCAAGAAAUAAAACCUUCUGUAGAAGAGAAGAAUCAUGCUGAUGAAAAAUGAGGAUAUGCACCAGUAGCAGCUGAUGUGAAGGGAAACUGAAGAAGAAAAAUCAUAUGCUUAUACAGUCUUCAGUCCUUGUGUAUCAUCAUCUUCUAGACUUGUACUCAUGUAUUUGAUUAUUCAUAAUGGUGAAUUUGUCACACCCCUCAAAGUUUCAGACCAUGUAUCUCUUGGUGAGGAGACAAAAAACAAAGUUGCUUUGAUGCAUUAUGAAAAAUUUGUGUUUUCUUGA